GCCCAUAGAGAGCUCGCUUUCUGCUUCGACUCUCUCUCUCUCUGCGUCCAAAAAAUGGAGCCUCUGCAAUCUCACCGCGUCGAAAUGCUGAGCAUCGCCGUCGCCGUCGUCGUCGUCGGAGCUGGUACCGCCUACUAUUUCUACCUCCAGAAGAAACCUAAAGGCUGUCUUGAUCCCGAGAACUUCAAGGAGUUUCAGCUUGUCAAGAGGACGCAGCUCAACCGCAAUGUCGCUAAGUUUAGAUUCGCUCUUCCUACUCCGAGUUCAGUCUUGGGGCUUCCGAUUGGACAGCAUAUGAGUUGCAGAGGAAAGGAUAGUGUCGGUGAAGAAGUUAUAAAGCCUUACACUCCGACCACUUUGGAUUCUGAUGUUGGAUGCUUUGAGCUAGUUAUCAAGAUGUAUCCCCAAGGAAGGAUGUCCCACCAUUUCCGGGAAAUGCGUGAAGGUGAUCACUUGGCUGUGAAGGGGCCUAAGGGUCGCUUCAAGUAUCAACCUGGCCAAGUGAGGGCUUUUGGGAUGCUCGCUGGAGGUACUGGCAUUACUCCAAUGUUUCAGGUCGCCAGAGCCAUAUUAGAAAAUCCUCAUGACAAGACCAAGAUUCACCUCAUUUAUGCCAAUGUCACAUACGAGGACAUCCUUUUGAAGGAAGAGCUGGAUAAUUUUGCCCAGAGUUUUCCUGAUCAGUUCCAUGUCUAUUAUGUCUUGAAUCAGCCGCCAGAAAUAUGGGACGGUGGCGUUGGUUUCGUAUCUAAAGAGAUGAUUCAAAUUCACUGCCCUGCACCAGCCAGUGACAUUCAGGUGUUGAGGUGCGGACCACCACCGAUGACCAAAGCGAUGGCUGCUUACCUCGAUGAGCUUGAAUACACAUCCAAGAUGCAGUUCAAGUUUUAGGUACACGGCACUCCACCACUCCAUCUGUUUGUAGCGUCAAAGCCUAUUACAAGAUUCAUCUCAGGUUGAUCAUCGAUUAGGUUAUGGACUGCAUGAUAGCAUUGCUGAAGUUGGCUCAGUACUUCAGCAAUUAAAAAUUCUUGUCUUGUUGAUGCAGUCUUCCAGUGAUUAACUUUCAUCGUUCUUAAAGCAGUGUUUCCGUUAACCCGUGGCAACUCGGGCACCCUUGUGGGAAAUCCUCUUUACGCUUAUUUUGGAGAACUUUUGGAUUAUGGAAUAAAGAGAUCCUUAUCUUACAGUUCA